AUGAUUGGAGCAGCUGCUUCUCGAAGUAUCCUCUCAAGCGGUCUCAAAGGCCAGCGCGCUGCCACUGCCGCCAUUGCGAUCUCUAACUCAGCAUCUCUUGCUGCCCGCAGAUCUCUGCUUCUGCCUGUGCAGUAUCGAGCUCUCCACACAUCUCUGCAACGAUACGCAGCUAACCCACAAUCAGGCAAGCCCGCCUCGGACAACUGGACGCACACCAAGCAAAACAUUAAGGAAGAAGCCAAUUCGGUCCGCUCCAGUGUCGAGUCGGCCAUUGCUGGAGGCACCAAGGCCGAAAGCGCCCAAGAUUCUAGCAGCAACACCAGCGCAGGUGGGGGUCGACCUUCAGGUGCGGCCGAGAUCCUCAAAGAUGCCAGGAACAUCACUAGCGAAAUGGCACAAGCUGUCCCCUACCCAGCUCUUUUAUGGGGCAGUGCAGGUGUGAUCCCAUACGUCAGCACAGCCGGUGCCUCGAUCUGGUUGGCACGAAAGGAGCACCUGGUCAACUUGGGACUGGACAAGUCGAUGGACAGCGAGACCGCCAGUGCGCUUCUUUUGCACGCACAAAACAUUCAGGUCGGCUUCGGUGCUGUGUUGCUCUCCUUUUUGGGUGCUAUCCACUGGGGGUUCGAAUUCAGCAAGUACGGCGGUCGUGUCGGUAACCGCCGAUACGCUAUGGGUGUCAUGCCGCUUGUUCUCGGCUGGCCCACACUUCUGCUUGCACCCCAAAUGGCCCUGAUCGGUCAAUGGGCCUCCUUCGUGGCUGUCUGGUUCAUGGACCUGCGAGCAACCACUGCUGGCUGGGUACCUAAGUGGUAUUCUACCUACCGCUUCUGGCUCACCUUUGCCGUCGGCACUAGUAUCAUUGCUACGCUUGCUGGUACCAACUACUACGUGCCUGGUAGCCGAAGCACGCUAGGUGGCACCGCCCGCAAGCUCGAGGAGGAAGUCAAGGCAGAUGGCCCUACCAAGAUGAAGUUGCUCAAACAGACCGCUCAAGGCAACAAGGGUGGUUUGGUCAAGCACACUGAGGUAACCGGUGAUGUCGAGGCAACCAGCUCUGGUGCUGAUGGUGACAGCUACGUCAAGAUUGGCAACCCCAAGCGGAAGGAAGAGGAGAGGAAGGAAAAGGAAGAGGAGGAGAAGAAGAAGAAGGAGGAAGAGGAAAAGAAAAAGAAAGAAGAGGCCAAGAAGGGCGGCGAUGACAAGAAGGAGGGCGACAAGAAGAAGGACGAUGACAAGGACGACGAGUGA